AUUCUUUAAUUUGUGAUGUUCUUGCAGGCAAACGAUGCACGGAAGGAGUUAUAUGAGAAGGAAAAGGAAAUCCAGGAUCUGAAACAGGAGGUUUUGGAACUAAAGCAGGAACUUAAGGAGGCAAAUGAGCAGUGUGUCCUACUUUACAAUGAGGUUCAGAAGGCGUGGAAAGUUUCUUUCACAUUGCAAUCAGAUUUAAAGUCUGAGAACAUCAUUCUUGCUGACAAGCAUAAGAUAGAAAAGGAGCAAAAUGCUCAGCUCAGAAAUCAAGUAGCUCAACUGUUACAGAUGGAGCAGGAGCAGAAAAUGCAGAUGCAGCAACGAGAUUCAACAAUUCAGACAUUACAGGCCAAAAUUAAAAGCAUGGAGUCACAACUCAGUGAAGUGCGUAAUUCUGGUGUCCCUAGCUCAACAUUUGGCUCACAACCUGGGCCUGGAAUUUCAUCAAUUUCCAAGGCAACAGGGGACAGUAUAGAUUCUUCAAUUGUUACUAAGAAACUUGAAGAGGAACUCAAAAAACGUGAUGCACUAAUUGAGAGAUUGCAUGAAGAAAAUGAGAAAUUGUUUGAUAGAUUAACAGAGAAAGCAUCUUUAGCUGGAUCUCCUCAGCUGUCAAGUCCAUUAUCCAAAGGAACAAUAAAUGUCCAAUCUCGGGACAUUGGAAGGAAUGAUUACAACAAUAAAGGACGUUCUAUGGAUGUUGUUCCUUCACCACAAGUGCCAGAUAAGAUUGAUGGCACAGUUGCUUUGGUUAAAUCAGGUUCUGAGAAAGUUAAAUCGACGCCAGCUGGAGAGUAUCUUACAGCUGCUCUAAAUGACUUUGAUCCUGAACAAUAUGAUAGCCUUGCUGCCAUUUCAGAUGGAGCAAACAAGCUUUUGAUGUUGGUUCUGGCAGCAGUCAUUAAAGCUGGUGCUUCUAGAGAGCAUGAAAUACUUGCUGAAAUUAGAGAUGCUGUAUUCUCUUUUAUCCGAAAAAUGGAGCCUAGAAGGGUUAUGGAUACCAUGCUAGUUUCCCGGGUCAGAAUUUUGUAUAUAAGAUCUCUACUUGCUAGGUCCCCAGAACUGCAGUCCAUUAAGGUUUCUCCUGUUGAGUGCUUUUUAGAAAAGGCUAAUACUGGACGUAGUAGAAGUUCCAGCCGAGGUAACAGUCCUGGAAGAUCUCCUGUGCGGUAUGCAGAAGAACAAAUCCAGGGAUUUAAAGUGAAUAUAAAGCCAGAAAAGAAGUCUAAGUUGUCAUCAGUUGUUCUGAGAAUGCGAGGAAUUGAUCAGGAUACAUGGAGGCAACAGGUUACUGGUGGAAAACUAAGGGAAAUACAAGAGGAGGCAAAAAGUUUUGCGACAGGAAACAAGGCUCUUGCUGCUCUCUUUGUUCAUACUCCAGCUGGUGAACUGCAGCGUCAGAUUAGGUCCUGGCUUGCAGAAAAUUUUGAGUUUCUUUCUGUUACAGGAGAUGAUGCAUCAGGGGGCAGCAGCGGGCAGUUAGAACUCCUUUCAACUGCAAUCAUGGAUGGUUGGAUGGCUGGACUCGGUGCUGCACUGCCUCCCAACACAGAUGCUCUUGGGCAACUUCUGUCUGAGUAUGCUAAGCGGGUCUACACUUCCCAAUUGCAACAUUUAAAGGAUAUUGCUGGCACCUUAGCUACUGAGGAGGCAGAAGAUGCUACACAAGUAGCAAAACUGCGUUCAGCUCUUGAGUCUGUUGAUCAUAAAAGAAGAAAGAUUUUGCAACAAUUGAGGGGCGAUGUAGCCAUGUUAACGUUGGAGGAUGGAGGUUCACCUAUUCAUAAUCCUUCUACUGCUGCUGAGGAUGCACGAUUAGCAUCUUUAAUUUCUCUGGAUGGCAUACUGAAGCAAGUGAAGGAUAUAUUGAGACAAUCCUCAGUAGAUGUCUUGAGUAAAAGUAAGAAGAAAUCAAUGCUCAGUUCUCUAGAUGAACUUGGGGAGCGGAUGCCUUCCCUUCUUGAAAUUGAUCACCCUUGUGCUCAGAGACAACUAGCAGAUGCUCGCCAUAUGGUUGAGUCAAUUCCUGAAGAAGAUGAUCACCUUCAUGAUUCAGUACAUGGUAGGAAAACAUCUGCAGAUUUGGGGUCUGGUACAGAAACCGAUGUGGCACAGUGGAAUGUUUUGCAAUUCAACACAGGAUCCACAACACCAUUUAUCAUAAAGUGUGGAGCAAAUUCAAAUUCAGAAUUGGUCAUUAAAGCAGAUGCUCGAGUUCAGGAACCUAAAGGCGGUGAAAUAGUAAGAGUUGUUCCAAGACCACCCGUAUUAGAAAACUUGAGCUUGGAGGAAAUGAAACAAGUAUUCUCUCAACUUCCUGAGGCUCUAAGCUUGCUAGCCUUAGCAAGAACAGCAGAUGGCACCCGAGCUCGAUAUUCUAGACUGUAUAGAACUUUAGCUAUGAAAGUUCCUUCAUUGAGGGAUCUAGUUGGUGAGCUUGAGAAGGGAGGAGUACUGAAAGACGUGAGAUCAUGAAUGCAAUGUGUAUGACCUCUACUGUGAUGUAUUGUGCUUGGAUGUGUUAAUAAUUUUAAAUUUUCUAUUAUUGGUGGGAGAAGGAACUUGGAGGAAGAAGGGUUGCCUUGUAUGUCAAAAAAAAUUGUUAUAGUUCAUCAUGGGCGGAGAAAAUCUUUGUAUUUUGAAACUUGUAGUGCAAAGACAAUGUAUUGUAUCACACGUAUGCUCUGAAACUAUUGUUGAUGUAAUGGGCAAUUUUUUGUAAUUUAUUAAUUUAUUCGCAACUUUCUAGUUGCAGUUUUCUGCC